AUGGUAUCGUCGACCAUCAAAGCGGUGAUAAUCUCCACCGGAAUCACCGUCAUGGCUCUGUUUCUUAAAGCUUAUCUUCCUAUAGCUUUAGAUCUCUCCUUAUCCCAAUCUCCGAUCAUUUGGAGCUCAUUUCUCUCGUGGUUGAAACCACCGUACCUCUUCGUCGUCAUCAACGUCAUAAUCACCAUUAUUGUAGCUUCUUCGAGCUAUCACGAUGGAGAAGACGAAGAGAUUUUACACAGCGACGAUGACGACUAUAAGAUUAUUCAUGAGACUGAGCAGAUCGUCGUUAGGAAUGUGGAUCUUGAUCCGGAUUUCGAUUUCCCGGCGACAUUUCCGCCGCCGAUCGUCGUUGCAGAGGUGGAGAGAUCGGAAAUUGUGUAUGAAGAGAAGGAAAAGGAGAUAUCAGGAGUAAUCGACGGUGCAGAUGAGAUAUCGAAGUUGAAUCAAGUGUCGCCGUCGAUGAUGGAGGAGUCGGAGAAUCUUGUUACGGCUAGUUCCGGUCACCGGAAACCGGUCAAAGCGAGUCAAAAAGGCGGUAGUAACAAGAGGAAGAAGGUGUUGAGAGUGGCGAAACCGAAGAAGACGACGAUGGAGAACACGUGGAAGAUAGUAACGGAGGAGGGAAAGUCAACUACGUUGACUAGUCAUCAUCGGAGAUCCGACACGGUCGAGGUACAAGAACGUGCCUUGAGGAAAUCGGUGACGUUUAGGGACAUGACUAAUUACCAACGGUCUCCGUCGACGGUGACGUCGCCGGUGAAGAUGAAGAAGGAAAUGUCGCCGAGUCGAGAGGAGCUGAAUCGGAGAGUGGAAGCGUUUAUUAAGAAAUGUAAGGAAGAGAGGCUGCUUGAGUCGAUGAGAUUGGACAAAGUGGUGGUGGCUUAG